AGGACACGUCUUGAGUUUCUUAAGAUCAAAGCCGCUUUGAAUCGUCGUUACGCGAUUCUUCUGUAUAAAUCGCGUUCUCAGAAAAGAAAAGAAAAUGCUGUAGGCCGCUAUAGAAAAAAUAUCGGCGUCACUCUCUUCUCGCCGAAAUAGAAAGAGAGAGAGAGAGAGAGAGAAAGAGAGAAGACAGUCGUUAUCCGAUGAUACCCGCUUGGGGACGCGAUCAUGCUGAAGUGGGUGCAUUACUGUCCGUUGCCGAAGAACCGGCCGGCGAUCGUCGUCCCGGACGAGACCGAGAAGGACGGGAGAAGGGCGGCCGAAAGAAGAAAGGACGGUGGUGGCACGGUGCGGAGCGCGCGUAACGCGAAAACCGCCACGCCGGACGUUAUCAUGAGGAGAUGCUUCCGGUUCGGGGGUUCGGAUCCGAGGGUAGCGACCUGCAGAGGAAAACUGCAGAACAAGCGCAGUAAGCUCAAUCAGGAGAUCAACAAGGAGUUGCGGCUGCGCGCGGGCGCGGAAAAUCUCUACAAGGCGACAACGAACAGAAAACUGAAGGAAACGGUCGCUCUCGAGCUGAGCUUCGUCAAUUCGAAUCUACAGCUGUUGAAGGAACAGCUCGCCGAGCUCAACAGCUCGGUUGAGCUGUAUCAGAAUGUCGAUGGCGACGAGCCCGUUAUGCCGAUGAUACCACUGGGACUGAAGGAGACCAAAGACAUCGACUUUCGGGAUCCGUUCAAGGAUUUUAUUUUGGAACACUACAGCGAGGAUGGCGAAAACUACGAAGAAGCUAUCGCCGAUUUGAUGGAAACCAGACAGGCCACGAGGACGCCGACCAGAGACUCGGCCGGAAUCGCGCUGCUCCUGCGUUACUACAACCAGCUCUAUUUCAUAGAGAGGCGUUUCUUUCCACCCGACAGAAGUCUCGGGAUUUAUUUCGAAUGGUUCGAUUCGCUCACGGGUGUGCCGAGUUGCCAGCGAACGGUCGCCUUCGAAAAGGCCUCGAUUCUGUUCAACGCCGGCGCGCUUUACACGCAAUUGGCGGCCAAACAGGAUCGUCUGACCGCCCGAGGACUCGACCAGGCGAUCGAUGCCUUUCUGAGGGCUGCCGGCACUUUCCGAUACAUUCACGAGAACUUCACGAAUGCUCCGAGCAUGGAUCUGGGCCCAGAUAUGCUCGAGAUGCUCGUACAAUUGAUGCUUGCUCAAGCCAGGGAGUGUCUCUUCGAGAAACUAGAACUUCAAUCGAGAGAUGGAAGAAACAUCGACGUAUGCUUGGAUCUUGCUCAAGAAGCUGCUCAGGUCGCGGCGAUAUACAAUGACGUUCACGGAUUGAUAUCGCGCGAGCCGGUUCGUGAUUACGUUCCGGAGACCUGGAUCUCGUUGAUACUGGUGAAGCGCGAGCAUCAUCUCGCCCUUGCCCACAAGCAUAUCGCGGUUGGUCUGCUGGACAGACCGAUCGCUGAAUUUCGCGUGGAAACAAGGCUGACGUUAGAACACAUUCAGAAGAGCGACGGAAAGACUCAAUUGGACAUAAUUGUUCCCAGAGACGACAAUGAAAGAAAAUUACUAGGCAGGGCGCAUCUUAGAGAAGCUCUGGUUUUGCACGACGAGAGUCAACGGUUGCAGAGAAUGUGCCGCGAUCUGAAGGGAAAACAGGCGUUGGGAAGAGUUUUGAAGAAGACGCAGGAAGCGACGCUUGAUAGCUACAGUAAAUUCGGUAACGAGGACGAUUUUCGAGAACUGUUGGAUCCGCCGGAUAUUAUCGCGUCCACGAAAUUUCAACUCAGCAUCACGCAUCCGGAUUUCGGACAGCACGGAGUGGACGAUCUUUUCAGAUCGUUGGGACCUGUGGCGAUAUUUUCGGCAAAACGACACUGGACCGCGCCGCGAUUGGUGCAACUCCAACGAGGUCCUGACGGGGAAGGAUUUGGAUUUAGCGUGCGCGGCGACGCUCCAGUAAUUAUAGCCGCCGUCGAUCACAACUCGCUGGCCGAUGUGGGCGGUAUGAAGGAAGGCGACUUUAUCGUCGGCAUCGGAGACAAAGAUGUUAAAUGGGCGUCUCACGAUCAAGUUGUGAGGAUGAUAAAACAGUGUGGCGACUUUAUAAAUUUAAAAUUAGUUACACCGAUGGACAGGAAUUAUUUAAAGACAAUGGUGACGGAGGGACAGCAGGAACAUGACGAGUACAAGACCACGCUGGACGCGGAGACGCUGCAGACGGCCAGACUCGAGCUUCGCGAGGACGACAGCACGCGGGAACAGGCGUUGAAGCAGUUCCGCCACUGGAUCGAGAAGCAUCCCGCGAUUAAGAAAUGCAGGACCGACUCGUUGUUUCUCUUGAGAUUUCUCCGAACGAAGAAGUUCAGUCUGCCGAUGGCGCAAGAAAUGCUGGAACGUUAUCUCACCAUCAGACAGCUUUAUCCCGAAUGGUUCCAGAAGCUUGACAUCGAUGAUCCUGAACUCGAGGCCAUCAUCGACAGCGGCUACCUGGUGCCUCUGCCGAAACGGGACAGACACGGUCGUAAAGUGUUAAUGUCCUGCGCAGGACGUUUCGAUCCCUGCAAAUACUCGUCGACAUACAUGGCGCGAAUUCACAGCAUGGUCGCGGAAACCCUGUUGGACGACGAGAAGAAUCAGAUCUACGGUUACACGUACGUCAACGACGAAUCGGGACUUACCAUGAGCCACUUCAGCGCAUGGUCCUUCACGGACAUUCGCAACAUACUGAGAUGCAUACAGAACAGCACGCCGAUGCGUCACAAGGAGACGCACUUCAUCAACAUUCCCGCCACCGCGGGAAAGAUUCUCGAAUUCGCCAUUUCGUUGCUCAAUGACAAACUCAAGUCCCGCAUUAUGAUACACUCGAGCAUAGAGGAGCUGAAGGAGUCGCUAAGCGCGGAUAUACUGCCGAAGGAAUACGGGGGAGUGGUGCCGCUGUCCGAGAUGAUAGCCGAGUUCAAGAAGGAACUCAAGCAGAAAAGAAAUGAACUCUUGGCUCUCGACGACAUGUACAUCGAGAUCUCGCCGAAGGAUUGCCACGCGGCUGGCAACGAGGAGGAGUUCGGCGGAAUAUGCGGUUCGUUCCGAAAGUUGGAGGUUGAUUGAAAUCUCCUGUUUAUACGUUGCAAUCUUGCAAUUUUUUACAUCGCGCACUUAAUUUUUGUUUUAUUUUGCCAAAUAUUAAAUUAGGUGUUUGUUUUUACAGCAAAAUAGUCAGGUUUUUUUCUUUUCAUAUUAAAUCGUAGAAAAUAAAAAGGCCCACGUGCCCAGGAGCGUUGUUAUCUCGCGAUAAAAAUAUUAUGUCGCAAAUAUGUUAAACGUUAGAAAUAUAAAUCCUCGUUCUAAGAUUUUAUAGCUUGUUUUUGCUGUCUAAUUGAAUCUCUCGUGAAUUCUAAUUUUUUAAUGCAAGAUUAAAACGCAUGAGAUUUGCGUAAUUUAAAUACCUCGAGAAAAAACGUGAAUAUAAAUUAUAAACUUGUAGCGUUAAUUAUUAGUUAAACUGGUAAAAUAUUACGCGUUAGAGAAUAAUUAAGGCUCAAUAGCCGAUAUAUCUGCUCCGCCGGUGGUACCAAGUUACCUAUGAUCUUGUAAGUCAUUGUUGACAAUUUAAUCGCGUCGUUCUUAUACCAACGAAGCGAUUAUAAUUAUUUUAAUUAACAGAUAUCUUACAUAUUCGCGCGUUAAAAAGACAAAAUUAUUAAGGUAAAAAAGGUGUUAAACAAUUUUUGCGCGAAGUGUUCGCACGUUUGUGCUUGUGGAGUUUCCAAACGGGUUUUUUUUUUGCGAAACUCUUGGAAUGCCUGGUAAAUAUUUGUUUUAUUCUUACGUCCGCACUUGUGAAUCGCACAGUUAUAACGUCUAUCGACUACUUUGUAGAGUUAAAUCUUUGAUUUCUUUAGUUCGUGAAUUGUGAUGUCGAUAGCGAAUCACUAUUGCAGUCUGUAUUGCGGUGUACUAUGGCACUAAAAAUACUAAAUGUGAUUGCGAUCUAAGUCGAUUGUCUCAACACGACGAUAUGUAUACGAUAUAGGGAAAUAGAUACGGUACCGCACCAGAUGCGGUUCGCGCCGCAUUCGUUGUGUGCGAACUGCACACACAAAACCUUGCGACAAUAUAAUUUCACAGACGACACGUCCUCGUUAGCUUAAAGAAAGAACAACGACAAAUAGAUAGACAUUAGCAGUUUUUUUUAUAUGAGCAGUUUUGUGAAUUUAUGUGUACAUAAAUGUAACAGGAAUAAAAAAAAAAUAGUUUAUGCAUGGAGAGACUAUUGAAAAAGAUCAAGUUUCUCUGAACGCAAGAAAGUUCUCUGAAAGUUACACAGCCCGCUCGAUUACACAACGUAAAACAAUCGUUUUUAUUAUAGACAAACGAUCGAUUGUCAUUUACAGAUAUAUAUAUAAAUAGAAAAGAUAAAAGUCUACCUGUGGCAAAACGGAGACAUUCGCACAAUCGGAGAAAUAUUUACGCUUGUGUUGUUUGGCGAGUCUGAUUUACUAUAUAUAUAUAUCUCUCUCUCUUUCAAUUGUUUAUACUUUUAUACAUAUAUAUAUAUAUACGCAUGAAUAAUUUUACAAUUACAGAUAGAUCUAUUCUGUGAGUGAACUGAACACUUUUUAUGUUAUUUACAUACGUAUAAUGUUUAUUAGUCCUCGUUAUCAAUGUGUAUUAGUUGUUUUAAAAACUCAGUGUUGGCCGGAGCCGUCGUAUAAAGGCUUCC